AUGAUCGCCACGCUCAAGGAGUUCCCUCCCCGCCAGAAGCCCGCCACCUUCACGGUGGACCAGCUGCUGGCCAAGCUGCAGGCCGGCAUGCCCAGCUCGGUGCUGACGGAGAGUUGCGACCUGGCAAUUGGGACCAAGGCGCCAGAUUUCGAGCUGCCCGAGCCCCUGACGGGCACGACCGUGAAGCUGGCUGACGUGGCGGAGGGCGCCAAGGCCACGCUCGUCAUGUUUGGCUGCGUCCACUGCCCCUUCGUGGUGCACCUCAAGGGCCCGUUUUCCAAAAUCGCCAAGGAUUACUUGGCAAGGGGCGUCAAAACGGUGGCCAUCAGCAGCAACAGCGUGGUGACCCACCCCCAGGACGGCCCAGAGUUCAUCGCAGCCGAGGCCAAAGAGCUGGGGUACACCUUUCCCUACCUCUACGACGAGAGCCAAGACGUUGCGAAAGCCUACAAGGUGGCCUGCACCCCCGAGUUCUUCGUGUUUGACGCCGACCUGAGGCUGGCCUACCACGGCCAGUUUGACGACACGCGGCCGGGGGGCAGCGCCCCCGUCACAGGCCGCGACCUUGUGGGCGCGCUGGACGCGGUGCUGUCGGGGCAGCCUGCGCCCAGGGCCAAGCCCAGCAUUGGAUGCAACCUCAAGUGGCACCCUGGGAAGGAGCCGGAGUGGUACGGGCCGCAGCAGGUCAAGAAGUAG